AUGAUGAUGAUGAUGAGAUGUCGAGAAGAAACAACACCCGCCACACCAACAAGAACAGUAUGGGGGCUCGGCUCAAGUUGGAAUGACCAAGGCGGGAGAUGGUGCAAUCCAAGCUUGGUGAAAGUGGUAGGGAAUCAGGAUUGGGAAACAAGCAACUGCAAUGAGAGAGGUCAGCAGCAACAAAUGGAGGUGCAUGGGGAAGUGGUACAAAUAAAUGGGAAUGACUUCUUUGUGAAGGUGUUCUGUGAGCACAGCCCAGGUGGGUUUGUGAGGUUGAUAGAGGCUUUGGAUUCUCUUGGCCUAGAAGCAGUCACCAAUGCCAAUAUCACCAGCUGCAAUUCCCUUGUUUCCAUUGUUUUCAGGGCGCAGGUAAAAGCCUGA